UUUCCGGUUUCAAGAUGGACGAUGAAAGUGUGGGAAGGCUACUGAAAGAGGGAGAGGCCCCCGAAAUUCCAGAAGUCAAAUAUGAAUAUUUGGACCAUACAGCUGAUGUCCAAUUGCAUACAUGGGGAGAUAAUCAACAAGAAGCAUUUGAACAGAUUGCCACUGCGAUGUUCAACUACAUGACCACAGACUAUGACACUGUGGAGAUGCUAGAAGUUCACGAGAUUGAGGCUGAAGGUGAAGAUAUGAUGUCACUCUUAUUCCACUUCCUAGAUGAAUUCCUCUUCCUAUUUUCUGCAGAGCCAUACAUUAUACCGAGGGUAGUUAAAAUUACAGAGUUUGAUAAAGAAAACUUUAGGAUCAAAGCUGAAGGCUAUGGUGAACCUUUCGAUAUAUCUAAGCAUCCCCAGGGGACAGAGGUCAAGGCCAUCACAUACUCCAACAUGCAGAUACACGAGAAGGAAGAUAAACAUGACCUGUUUGUCAUCAUCGACAUCUAGUUGGAGGAGCAGCAGGCUGCAUGUAUAAGACUGUUUGAUACCAAACACUAUACCAAUAUUCCACCUGUAUGAUGGUGGCCUGCAAACAAUUGAAUCUGGACCAGACAGUCCAGUGGUCGAUAUUGUGAGCAUCGACUCUACUCCAUUGGGGUAUGAUGACACACAAUUAACCUAGUCACCAAUGCUGACUAAUGCUGAAACAGCAUAGAUUGUUUGAGGUCAGUUCUCACCCCACACGUCCUCAUCAAAUAAGAACCCAUCCAGUUUGGGACAGUUCGAAGAUAAUCAAUAUUUCCAUGUCAACAACUGGAACUGAAAACAAUUAUUAACCAUGUCAAGAGCAAACUUAUUUCUUCUUUAUUUUAUAUAUUUUAUUUAUUCAUCUUCUGUGAUGAAUCUAGCAAGGAAGUUUUUAGAUGAUAAGAAAACCUAACAGCAAAGAUAAUAAAAUAUUUUUAAGGCAUGAA